AUGUGGGUAUCAUCAUCGGGAUCGUCACGACCUGAAACAACAUUACACCGAUCAUCAUCGUUAGCAGCUCACGGCAGCGAUAGCAGCUGGUCCCUCUUCUUAGGCACCGUGAGCUGUGGUGCGGUCUACCUGCUGUUGCAGAACACGUCUUCCUCAAUGGUAUCAACCUGCGAGUUAUCGUCGACGACCAUGAUAGGUGUAGCGCCGUCGUGGAGGCUCGAUUUCGAGAUGGACCUUUUGUACACGUCCCUGGUCACGCUCCUGGUGAAGCUGAACUUUCGCACGAGCUUCUUGUCCAAGGCAGCGGGACUCUUUGGUCCCUUCGCCCUGAACUCGUCUUCUGUUCCUUCGUAA